UCCCGCCGUGAGGAGUUGGCGGUUCCUCCGCGCCGCUCGCCCCGGCCUCGCCCGCCCUCGGCCAGAAGCGCUCGGUCUGGGCCCGCGCGGGAGGAGCGGGGGCUCUGAGGGGAGAGGCGACCCCGCCGGCCCCGGUGUGUUUCCCUGGCGGCGGCGGCUUCUUCCGUGGGACAAUAUGUUCAAGAGAAUGGCCGAAUUUGGGCCUGACUCCGGCGGGAGAGUGAAGGGUAGAGCUGCCAAACCACUAAGAGGAAGAGGAAGUUAAACCCUUUAAAUACCAGGGAUGACUGGGGAUGCUCAGCAGGAGAUCUGGCUUCCCAGGCAACAUGAAGGCUUUCCUUAUUCUCGGACUUCUCCUCUUUGCCAUCACUGUCCAAGGCAAGGUCUUUGAAAGAUGCGAGUUGGCCAGAGCUCUGAAAAGAUUUGGAAUGGAUGGCUACAGGGGAGUCAGCCUGGCAAAUUGGAUGUGCUUGGCUAAAUGGGAAAGUGGUUAUAACACACGAGCUACAAACUAUAAUCCAGGAGGCAGAAGCACCGAUUAUGGGAUAUUUCAGAUCAAUAGCCGCUGGUGGUGUAAUGAUGGAAAAACCCCAGGGGCCGUCAAUGCCUGUGGUAUUUCCUGCAAUGUUUUACUUCGAGAUGACAUCACUGAGGCUGUUAAAUGUGCAAAGAGGGUUGUCAGAGACCCACAAGGCAUUAGAGCAUGGGUGGCAUGGACAAACCGUUGUCAAAACAGAGAUGUCAGUCAGUACAUAAGGGGUUGUGGAGUUUAACUGCAAUUUCCCUUCUUCAGCUCAUUUUGUUUCUUUGCAUAUUAAGGGAGUAGUAGUUGAGGAGAAGGUCACAAUACCAUUUUUUUCAAACAAAUUGCAUUUAAACAGAAAUAGAAACAAAAUACGGUCUUUCCCCUAAGAGAUUUAAUAUCUACCAAUGUGUUUAUCAUUUUAUAUGAAGCCUACAAGAAUUUUCAGUUUACUAACAGAAUGACUGUUUGUGAAAUUUUAGACUAUCCAAUACAUCCAGUACAUUUCUAGGCACUCUAGCCCUAAGGAUUUUAAGAUCAACGUUCCACAGUGGCCUCACAGGAAGCCCAAGAUACAGAACAGCUUUUCUUGAAGAGAUUGGUAGUUGUGGCCUUUAUGUUAAUGGAAAGGAGUUUUUAAAUGUUGCUUUUAUAGCUUUAGAAAUAAAAAUCACAAUUUCUAUAUCAAUCUGUUUUCUUCCUUCAAAGAACUCUUCUAUGCAUCUGGCUUGUUAUGAAUGAAUAGAAAAGAUAGUUGAGCUGUUGCUGGUUUAGUGUUAUUGACCUAGAGUCAUGCAUUGUCACUAAACACAGAGGCAGAUGAAUUUGCAGAAAUUGAAAUAAUUGUAAUUAAUCACAGAUGUGAAAUUACGCAUGUUGUAAACAAGAAAAACAUUUUUUCAUUAAAGGCUUUGCAACUCAUACCUUGUCUUUGUUUGUUCA